AUGUCACUUGACUGUCAUGGCUGCUCCCAUUGCACUCAUCCAAGGGGCCAGCAGAGGACUGGGGCUGGAGUUCUGCAAACAUAUCUUGAAAAACCACACUCCUGCUGCCGUCGUCGCGACAUGUCGAAACCCGGACGGAGCGGCCGAACUGCGGGGCUUGGCCGGACAACACGGGGGGAGGCUGACGGUCCUCCAGCUGGACGUGAACCGGGAGGAAGACGUUCGGGGAGCGGCAGACUGGGUGAAAGGCACCUUUGGUCGGCUGGACCUGAUAGUGAACUCCUCAGCAAUGCUUCAUCCAUCCGGAAAAGGAGAAACCAGCCUGAGGGAUGUUUCUGCUCAGGGCAUCAUUUCCACAUUGACCACCAACACAGUAGGUCCUCUGGUCAUGGCCAAAUAUUUUGCCCCCCUUCUUCAGAAAGGUGGAGGUGGUUUUGGUCAACAACCUGCAGAGAAACCCAAGCAACACAGUGGCAUCAUUGUCAACAUUACUGCUAAAGUAGGAUCCAUUGGUGACAACGGCCUCGGUGGUUGGUACAGCUACAGAAUGUCUAAAGCGGCACUUAACAUGGCCACUAGGAAUUUGUCUAUAGAGUUGGGCCGCAGUCGACCUAAGGUGGUGUGUGUGUCUUUACACCCAGGAACUGUCAACACAGACCUCUCCAGGCCUUACCACAGGAACGUACCAAAGGAAAAGCUGUUUAGUACUGAACACUCCGUCAGUUGUCUAAUGAGCAUCAUCAACACACUGAAUAUUGACAAGACUGGCAAGGCCUACAACUGGGAUGGGACUGAACUGCCCUGGUAGCAUAAAUGAAUGGACAAAGACAGUGACUGGCUCGUCCUUUUGCUGUGAAAUCUAUCAGUACUGUCUGUGUGCUUUUCAUAAGACAUGUAAACUUGUUUGUAUCUACUUUAACUGGACAGCUCUGGAGAAUAAUAGUCAUAAAGAGCUGUUUCAGUGAUGUAGAAAGUGGACAUUUGUAUUAAACAAAAUUGUUUAAAAGAA